CAACAACUUCUCGGCCAAAUUCCAACCGGGUACAAUUUGACCCGGCUCCGUACCCUUCUGCUGGAAAACCAGUUCAGCGGUGAAUUACCCGAUUUCGACCUCCCAAAUCUCGACCAAUUUAAUGUUUCCUACAACAACUUAAAUGGGUCUGUGCCUGAAGGGCUCGAGAAUAAACCCAAAGAUUCCUUCUUGGGAACUUCUCUUUGUGGGAAGCCCCUCGACAACGUCUGCUCCGACAAUGCCGCCGAAACCCCAGCCUCCUCCGUCGACGGAAACCCCAACACCGCCGCAAAAUCAGGGAAGAAGAAGUUAUCCGGCGGCGCAAUCGCCGGAAUUGUGAUUGGAUCCGUCCUAGGGUUCAUUCUACUCCUCCUGGUUCUCUUCUUUCUCUGCAGGAAGAGGAGCGGCAACAAGGCCAGGUCCGCCUACGUGUCGUCGGCAAUCAAGAACCAAGAGAACGACGCCGCCGCCGCUGCCGCCUCCGCCGGAGAUAAGGAACCGGCGGAGAACGCUGCCAACGGGUUCUCGGUGGCGGCUGCAGCCGCCGCCGCAAUGAGCACGAACACGAGCACAAAGGGCGAUACCGGAGCCAAUGCUGCCGCCGCCGCCAAGAAGCUGGUGUUUUUCGGAAAUGCGCCUAGGGUUUUCGACUUGGAGGAGCUGCUGAGAGCUUCGGCCGAGGUUUUGGGGAAGGGCACUUUCGGAACCGCAUAUAAGGCGGUAUUGGAAGUGGGAAUUGUGGUGGCUGUGAAGAGGUUGAAAGACGUGGCUUUAUCGGAUAAGGAUUUCAAGGAGAAAAUCGAAAGCGUCGGAGCGAUGGAUCACGAGAAUUUGGUACCGCUUAGGGCUUAUUACUAUAGUAGAGAGGAGAAGCUUCUUGUCUAUGAUUAUAUGCCAAUGGGGAGCUUGUCUGCAUUAUUACAUGGCAACAAAGGUGCCGGAAGAACCCCAUUGAACUGGGAACUCCGUUCCGAAAUCGCCCUCGGAUCCGCCCGCGGAAUCGAAUACCUCCACCUCCAAAACGGGCCCCACUUCUCGCACGGCAACAUUAAAUCAUCAAACAUCCUCCUCACAAAAUCCAACUCCCCGAAAGUCUCCGAUUUCGGACUCAACCACCUCGUGGGCCCACCCUCCUCCCCGACACGGGUGGCGGGCUAUCGCGCACCGGAGGUGACCGACCCUCGCAGGGUUUCCCAAAAGGCCGACGUGUACAGCUUCGGCGUUUUGCUGUUGGAGCUUCUCACGGGCAAAGCGCCGACACACGCGAUCUUGAAUGAGGAAGGAGUUGACCUUCCGAGGUGGGUCCAGUCUGUGGUGAGAGAGGAGUGGACCGCCGAGGUGUUUGACCUCGAGCUUUUGCGGGACCCCAAUAUGGAGGAGGAGAUGGUGGAGAUGCUGCAGCUCGGGAUUGACUGUACGGCUCAGUAUCCGGAUCAACGGCCCACGAUCUCCGAUGUUGUGAGGCGGAUCGAGGAUCUCCGUCGAUCGAGCUUGAGAGGUGAAAUGAAAUCAAGUGAGUGGAUACAUACAGUUGUGUCAAUUUUUGUUCCUUUAAUGCAAACAAAGAACUUAAACCAGAAAAUAAGAAAGAAGCCACGGGGUCCCGCAAACGAUGACCUAGCGGUUGCACGGUUGCAGUAA